UUUCUCUUAUUUUUUUAGUUUUGAACUUUCUGCAACAACCUCUCCCCCAUUUUCUUCUUCUUCGUCUCUCUCCCCAACAUCUCUAAUUUCCGGAAAUUCUUUAUCACAAAUGCAAUUACCUUUACAAUUACAACAACAAUUUACAAUGUCACAAUUCCAACAUCCCCAACAACAAAAACAUCAACCAACAUAUUCACAACAACAACAAAGACGUCAGACUAUAAGUUGUUCGGUUGUUACAACAAUGAAUCAACAAAGACAACAACAACACAACCCUUCUAUAUUAACUAUGGCUGGACAACAACAACAACAUUUUAUGGAAGCUUCUGCUUUAGUUGCACAACAAACAUCGGCGGCAAAUUUAAUGAGAGGAUUUGAAGGAAUGUUUUCUACCACUCCACAAGAUCCACAACAUAUUAAUGUCGUUCAAGGUGGAACUAACAUUAUCUCACAAAUUCCACCUUCAGCAAUGACUUCUGUUGUUCCUCAUCUUCCUCAAUCUAUCCGUGGCAGUCCUUUAUCUGCUGCAAUGUUGUCUGCAGCAUUUUCUUCCACAUCCACAGCAGUCACGUCUUCAUCAAAUACAGGAAUAUGUCAAAAUGUUGGUGGACAAGCUGCUUUUAUUAGUGGAGGAUCACCAUCUACAUCAUCCUCUCAUCAUCAAAUGGAUGACGAAUUUUCUCAAGUGGAUGAAUCUAAGAUUUGUGCUGUUUGUAAUGACUACGCUGUUUGGUUAGAAUUUAUAAAAAUUAAUUCAUAA